UUCAAAGCUCAUUUCAGCAUUUGUAGGAGUUUGUUUGCAGUUCGUUCGUUUCUCCGCUUAGGAAGGAAAAAACAAAAGAGGCUAACAUGAAGGUGAUGGUGGCGAUACUCCUUGUGCUUAAUAUUCCGGUGGCCUUUACCAAAAUGCUGCCAUCUUUCUCCAUCCUUCAAAAAAUGUAUCUUGGCGAUAAAAAUUAUGGAGGGAUUUACAACCGCUUGAAUGUUGAAGAGUACCUUUUCCCAGAAGACAGUGGUGAGCUCAAAUUCUAUCCAAACGCCACAUGCAUAUUGCGCAUGAGCGCCGUGUUAAACGUCACAACAGAAAGGAACGGAAGCAAGAAAGGUCUGAAAGGCUACCAUUAUUUCUAUGAACGAGCACCUCUGUUAGAGUACCUCAAGGAAGAAUUUGGUAAGCCUAUUGUAUCUAACAAUACCGCAGUUUUUCGAGGGCAAGUGGGAAUAAUGUUCGUUGACAUCAAAGAUGGAGAUGACAGCAAAGAUUGUAGCGUUCUGUUAUGGGACGGGAAUGGAUUUCAUCAAGCAAAAGGUGUCCUAAAACACAAAAAUUUCAUAUCUGCUCAGCUGUGGCCUGCUCCUACAGAUGGCUGUGUAAUCGACGUCAACGUUAAGCAAUCAGGCGGGGGAACAUGCUUCCCUUCGAAAGCUAAAGUAGAGGUCAGAUCUGGGAAGAAGAUUCCCAUCAGUGAGCUCGCCAUUGGAGACACAGUCAAGACCUUUUCUAAGGGUGGCGAAGUUGUCUUUAGUCAUGUGGUUACCUUCUUGGAUCAAGCGCCUGACCACAAGGGUCAUUAUUACACCAUCACUACUGAAGACUACAUCAAGCUCACACUCAGUGAGGCUCAUCUUGUGUUCGAGUUCCGACCUCUGAGUGCGAAGUUGGGAGGGAAUACCUUUCGCUCAGUGCAUGCAUCCCAAAUCAAGCCUGGUGACUACAUCCUCGUUCACGUUCCAACGUACCAUGCUCCUAUUGCAAGGAAGGUUAUGUCAGUCUCGACGGCUGAAAGAUUUGGUGCCUUUGCACCAGUUACCCAAGAAGGGACCAUGAUCGUGGACGGUGUUUGGGUAUCGUGUUACGCUGACAUUGUGGAUCAUGAUUUGGCUGAUUCUCUCAUGUCCCCACUGAAGAGCUUUUACAACAUGGCCCCUCAAACGCUAGGAGCAAGAGGCUUGAAUGUUCAUGGGUACCUUAAACAAGUCUUGCGUCCCAUUGGCUUGCGAAUCCUUGGAAAAGAGAAGUUCUAUCAAGGACCUGAAGGCGAAGAGACUGCGGGGAAAGACAACACCAUAACAUCAGUUUAUCACCAGAAUAUCUGAGUGGACUUUCUUUUUCUAAGUAGCUAAGCGAGAUGGAUCAAGGGACAGUGUUAGUAACCGUAAAAAAAAGCUUAUAAAUAAACGUGCAGCACAUUGAUUAGGAGGCAGCGUGAAAGCGAGAAAAAAGCGGUGUUGUGAUGUUGCAGUUUACCACUCAUAUAGACGUACAGUCCAAGUUUAAGAUGUCAUUUCUAAAAAACGAGGACAAGUGGUUUUUAUUUAUUGUUUUAGUAAUAUAUCUCUCAAUAGCUUUUGCAAGAUUUUGGUAAUUUACGCCAGAAAGUAAGGGUAGAAAUUUCAUCUGUAUUUAAAUGGUCUGUUACAUGAGAAAGGUCAAUUAAUAUUUCAUGGAAAUGUUUGUUACAAAUCGUUCAUCUCAUGCGUCACAGAAGGAUUCCCAAUGCACUUUCCUGUUACUGUAAAUAAAUGAAAAUGUAAUCCCGUCGCCAGAUGGAUUUACUCUUUGAACCAAAAGGGGGACGCAGUUUAUCACAGUGCUGAUAAACUUUAUUGGUCAUAACAGUGUGUUACGAAUUGUCAUCGUUUGUACUAAUGACUGUAAAUUAGAUAAAAAAAAACUCGCCACUAUAUUAUGAGCCUCUUUUAACGGCAAGGAGCGAAA